AUGGAGGGUCUUGCUGCUUCCUUUGGUAAUGCUACUAGCUCGAAUGCUACGUCAUUUGCGGGUUCUAUGUCUUCUGCUACUUGUGUGAAUUUUGGUUUGGCGGCUGGCCCUUCACAACUCCCAAGUGAAACUAAAGUGUCUGUGUCGGUUGUUUCUAGUUUGCUAGGUUGUUCUAAUCCUAGUUUUGUGAAGGGCUCGGAUGCCUUAGGUACUAGUGGUGGUCUAGUUGUUUUUGCGUACGGCUCGGAAGCUGUCUCUUAUGUUUUUUGCUCCUCUAAUGUUAUCCUUUGUAAUGUAAAGACUCCUAAUGAAAUAGAUAAGUGUGUGAUGUUUGUUUAUGGAGAUCCAGAUCUGUCGAUUGAAGGGGAGACACUGCAUUCUAUCUCGGAUGCUUCGAACUACUUAUCGAAUAUAGUUACCUCUAAGGAAAAUAUUUUAUUACAACUCCAAUUCUGGAGACAGCGAUGCAAAAAGGACUGGAUUCUCAAAGGAGACUGCUCUUCUAAACUCUUGUUCUCAAAAGUUAAGUAUCGUCAGAAGAAGAAUGUUAUUUGUUCCCUGGUUGACGACCAAGGUCUUGUGCAGCAUGGUCAUCAGGAGGUCCAGAACAUCGUAGUUCGCUCUCUAAAGGAGACUUUCAAAUGUAAUGCUAUUCCUCUUUAUGAUCUGGAGAUUGACACUGUUCUUCAGGAAUUGCACCUCCCUUCUCUUACUUCUUCGCAGACUAGUAAUCUAGAACGACCUUUUAACGCAACUGAGAUUCAAGAUGCAAUGUUUGAUUUGGGAAAUUGUAAGUCCGCAGGUCCAGAUGGAGUUACGGCAGAAUUUUUCAAAGUUCAUUGGCACACGGUGGGUGCUUUGGUGGUUGCAGCUGUACAGAGUUUCUUUCUGUCGGGGUUCCUUCUUAAAGAAUGGAAUCAUUCACUCCUGGUCAUGAUUCCAAAGAUUGCUACUCCUUUGGAGGUCUCCCACCUUCGGCCUAUUAGCCUUUGUAAUACAAUCUACAAAUGUGCUUCUAAGUGCUUGGUUGCUAGAAUCCGUCCGUAUUUGCCUGGGUUAAUCUCGGAUUCUCAACAUGCCUUUGUCCAAGGGAGGGUUAUUUUAGAUAAUAUUCUAAUGUCCCAUGAAUUAAUGGAGAAAAUCAAUUCUUCCAAGACUGGUACUAAUUGGCUUGCUGCACUCAAGAUCGAUAUGAGUAAAGCCUAUGACAGAGUUCACUGGAGUUUCCUUUUACGGGUGCUUCAAGCCUAUGGGUUCCCAGCCAGAUGGCUCCAAAUGAUUCACCAGUGCAUUUCCACAGUCUCCUAUAAAUCUCUAAUCAAUGGUAAUACUUCUGAGGCUUUUAAGCCUAACUGUGGCCUCCGUCAGGGGGAUCCGUUAUCCCCUUACCUCUUUCUUUUCUGCAUGGAUGUUCUUUCCAGAAUGCUACACUUGGGUCAGGAUUUGCAUUUGUUUCAAGGAAUAAAUAUCUCUAGGUCAAGUCCUGUUAUCUCCCACCUUUUCUUUGCUGACGAUGCGAUGGUCUUCUUCAGAGCGUCUGCUCCUUCUUGUACGAAUAUUAUAGAGAUUAUUCGUCGCUAUACUAAGAUUUCGGGUCAACAGCUGAAUCUCAAUAAGUCUCUGAUUAAAUUCAGUCCUAACACUACUACGCUGGCUCAGGAUGAAUUUAAAGCGAUUUUCCGUAUGACACAAGUUCAAGGGUUUGAUCAUCAUCUGGGAUCCCCCAUUGAUUUCAUGGCAAAGAAAAAAGAUUGUUUCCAAUUUCUUGUCGACAAAAUUGUUGGUCGCGUAACGACGCUCAAUGCUGUCAGACUCUCGCAGUCACAAAAGGAAUUGCAUUGGGUAGGGAAAAGGAAGAUGCAUCUUCCUCAAGGAAUGGGUGGGUUAGGAAUUCGGUGUAUCUCAACUCUAAAUAAAUCUCUUCUUAUGAAUCAAGUUUGGAGAAUUGUUACCCACCCUCAGCUGCUCAUCUCCAAAGUUUAUUCUGCUCGUGCUCGCUUCUUGUCGCCAACUCCUUCUCAGGAAAGACGCUACUCAGGUCGACAGUCCUACGGUCUUCGCGGUCUACUUCAUGCAGAUUCUCUUUUGUCAACGGGGUGCAAUUGGAAGGUCGGCAAUGGAAAUUCCAUUCUAGCUGGAAGUUCAAAUUGGGUAAAUGGUAAAUUGCCUACCUUCCACCCAGGGGUCCUCCUCGCCACUGCGAAGGAUUGGACAGUUAAUUUAUUCAUUCAUCCUCAGACCCUCACUUGGGAUGUGGACAAAGUACAUCAGUGUUUUAUACCGGCGGAUGCUUCCACAAUUCUUGCCAUGGAAUUUCCAACUUUGCAGAAGGAGGACUUCCGCUUUUGGGCAAGCACUAUGUCAGGGAAUUACUCGGUUAAGACAGGUUAUGCAAUGCUCACUCAGCCGCUUACUUCUUAUUCAGUAAGUCCGUUUUGGAAAAUCCUUUGGUCCCUGCAGUUACAGCCAAAGUGGAAACUAUUUUUAUGGAAGUUAUUCCACAACGGUCUAGCGGUCAAAAGUGAGCUUCAACGCAAGGGGGUUCCCAUACAGGAUGUGUCCUGUGAUCAAUGCAGUACACAGCAGGAAGAUUUCAACCAUCUGUUCCGAGAUUGCACUAUUGCAAUAACAGCUUGGAGGAGUGGUGCCGUGGGCAUCCAUUCAGAAUUACAUGGACACCUUUCUCUUUCAGAUUGGAUCCAAGACUAUAUCCGACUUUUCAUUAGUCAGGAUGGACUUUUCAGUCCCAGUAUUAGCACCUUUGUUGUUUUCUCUCAAACCCUAGUUUCUCAUGGCAUCUUCAUGGAUUCUUCCAUGGAUGAUUCUUGGGUUUAUUAUUUCAAUUCAUUGAGGUGUACGACAACCUAUCAAUGGGGUCUUUGGUUAUUUAGAAAUAACAGGGUUUUCAAUCCUGACACUUCUGUCACAAGACCCUUUGAUCUGCAACUAGUGGAUAUUCUUCACUCUCAUACUAUCUAUAUGGACGGGGACACAGGGAGGGAGCUUUCUCUCUCUCCUGCUGAUCUCCCUGGUUUGCCCCCGCCUGGGUUUCAUGUAGCCCAUUUAGGGCACAACCACUCAGGCUCAUCAUUCUUAACGAUUCAGGUAGAUGGUUCUUGGUUCAAAGACACACAACAAGCAGGAAUGGGUUGGUGUCUCGACAAUACAGAUCCUCUGGAUGAUAGGAUUGUUGGUGGGAGUAAUUUUGAGUUUUGCUCCUCUUCUCUUCACUCGGAAGCCUUAGCCUGUUACUAUGCCUUGCAAUGGGCUUCAAAUGUAGGCAUUCAAUCGUUUCAUCUGUUUACAGAUUCUUACAAUCUUGUCACUCUUCUGCGCGGCGAUGGACGAGGGGAUAUUCGGUAUUUAUGGCUGGUGCAACGAAUCCAACGUGUAGGGUCUACCUUCCACCAGUGUAGUAUUUAUAAAGCUGAUCGGGCACGCGUUCACAGGGCGCACCAAAUUGCAGGGGAAGCUGCUGUCCAUCUCAUUUGCUUUAGCAGUAAUUUGUUUUAG